AUGACAGAAAUGGCAUUGACAAAAGAUGGCACCCUGCUAGGGGCCAGAAUGAGAAGAAGUAGCAAACAUACAUGUGCAAAAACAUCGAUAACAGCACUUUUUUGUGACAGCGAUGGAUUGGAAAUUAAAGGGGAAUUGGCCAAACAGGUUACAGCAGUGAAUGACAUGAGAUGCUAUUAUGCUGUAGGAAGUGAUGAAAAGGAAGGUUCUAGUGAAACCUGGGAAGACUUGCAUGAACGGAUGCAGAGCAAAUUGCCCACCCUUACCACUCUUCCACCUAGUUCCUCCUACAGUGAUGGGUCGUUCCCCUAUGACUCUGUUCCUUGGCAGCAGAACACCAACCAGCCACCAGGAUCCCUUUCCGUGGUCACUACUGUUUGGGGAGUGACUAACACAUCCCAGAGCCAGGUCCUAGGAAACCCCAUGGCCAAUGCCAACAAUCCUAUGAAUCCUGGCGGAAACCCCAUGGCAUCUGGAAUGACGACCAGCAACCCUGGCAUCAACUCCCCCCAGUUUGCUGGACAGCAGCAGCAGUUCUCAGCCAAGGCGGGCUCCACUCAGCCCUACAUCCAACAGGGGAUGUAUGGGCGGCCCAACUACGCGGGCAGUGGAGGGUUCGGGGGCAGUUACCCUGGUGGCCCCAAUGCCCCUGCGGGCAUGGGGAUCCCUCCUCACACCCGGCCACCCGCAGACUUCACUCAGCCGGCGGCGGCGGCAGCGGCGGCUGCAGUGGCAGCCGCAGCAGCUACGGCCACGGCCACGGCCACCGCCACAGUAGCAGCCCUCCAAGAGACCCAAAACAAGGACAUGAACCAGUAUGGACCGAUGGGUCCGACUCAGGCGUACAACAGCCAGUUCAUGAACCAGCCCGGGCCCCGAGGGCCUGCCUCCAUGGGUGGGAGCAUGAAUCCCACUAACAUGCCUGCUGGCAUUACACCUACCAAUAUGAGUGGCCCCCCGAUGGGCAUGAACCAGCCCCGGCCUCCUGGGAUCAGCCCCUUCAGCACGCAUGGACAGAGAAUGCCACAGCAGGCCUAUCCAGGUCCCCGACCCCAGUCUCUUCCCAUCCAGAGCAUUAAGAGACCGUACCCAGGAGAACCCAACUAUGGAAACCAGCAAUACGGACCAAAUAGCCAGUUCCCAACCCAACCUGGUCAGUACCCGACCCCCAACCCUCCAAGACCUAUCACGUCUCCCAACUAUCCUGGGCAACGGAUGCCAAGCCAGCAGAGCACAGGGCAGUACCCACCCCCAACAGUCAAUAUGGGGCAGUAUUACAAGCCAGAUCAGUUUAAUGGACAGAAUAACACCUUCUCGGGAGGCAGCUACAGUAACUAUAGCCAAGGAAAUGUCAAUAGGCCUUCCAGGCCAGUACCUGUGGCAAAUUACCCUCACUCACCUGUUCCAGGAAACCCAACCCCACCUAUGACUCCUGGGAGCAGUAUCCCUCCAUACCUAUCUCCCAGUCAGGAUGUCAAACCACCGUUCCCUCCUGACAUUAAGCCAAAUAUCAGCGCUUUGCCCCCACCUCCAAGCAACCACAACGAUGAGCUCCGAUUGACCUUCCCAGUGCGGGAUGGAGUGGUGUUGGAGCCCUUCCGUUUGGAGCACAACCUGGCCGUCAGCAACCAUGUCUUUCACCUGAGACCCACCGUGCACCAGACGCUGAUGUGGAGGUCCGACCUGGAGCUGCAGUUUAAGUGCUAUCAUCAUGAGGACAGACAAAUGAACACCAACUGGCCGGCUUCUGUCCAGGUCAGCGUCAAUGCCACCCCUCUCACCAUCGAGCGUGGAGACAACAAGACCUCCCACAAACCUCUGCACCUCAAGCACGUCUGCCAGCCAGGAAGAAACACCAUCCAGAUAACUGUCACAGCAUGUUGUUGUGUGAGUAUAUGAAAUG